CCAAACCAUGGCUUCCCUUCAAUCUUCCUUCAUCAUGUUCUCCUCCGCCCCAAAACCCCCCAGCUCCCGCUUCCCGGGCCGUCGCCACCGCUCUCAAAUCUCAUGCAGCAGAGAUGGAGGCGGCGGCAUUGACCGCCGCAACAUGCUCCUAGGCCUGGGAGGCCUAUAUGGCUCGGGCAGUAGCCUCGGCCACAAGGCCGAGGCUCUCCCUAUCCUGCCUCCCGACCUGAGCACCUGUGACCCCAAAGGUACCACGACCACUCCCCCCGGGUCGCAGGAGGUCGUGAAGCUCGACGUCGACUGCUGCCCGCCCUUCACUGACAAGCAAGCGGACUACAAGCUCCCGAAAUUCAAGAAAACCCGGAUCAGGCGGGCCGCGCACCGCCUGAGCCGGGAGGAGGUAGAAAAAUACAAGCUAGCGAUGGCGAAGAUGCGGGAACUCGACGUGACCGACCCGGACGACCCCAAGGGCUUCACGCAGCAAGCGAACAUCCACUGCGCUUACUGCAACGGCCCCUACGACCAGGUCGGCCACCCAGGCGUGGACCUACAGGUCCACAACUCAUGGAUUUUCUUCCCUUGGCACAGAUGGUACUUAUAUUUUUAUGAGAGGAUCUUAGGAGAACUCAUAGGAGAUCCCACCUUCGCCUUGCCCUACUGGAACUGGGACAACCUUAAGGGCAUGACCUUACCCCCGGCCUUCGACGACCCGUCCUCGCCCCUCUUCGAUGAGAACCGCAACCAGGACCACCGCGGAAAAGCCGUGGUCGACCUCACCGGGCGUAGUGGCAUCACCGACCCGACCCAGCUGGUUUCAAACAACCUGGCCCUAAUGUACAAGGAAAUGAUCGGCGGUCUCGACAACGCCCUUGAUUUCAUGGGGACCGCGUACCGGGACGGAGACGAGUCCCCCCCGUUCGGCCUCGGAGGGACGUCCGAGAACGGGUCCCACACCGGGAUCCACAUUUGGGUGGGAGACCCGAGAAACAAAUUCAACGAGGAUAUGGGCAACUUCUACUCGACCGGGCGGGACCCUGCUUUCUACUGCCAUCACUUCAACGUCGACCGAAUGUGGACUAUUUGGGAAAAACUCCCGGCGACCUACUCGAAAAAGAUCGACGACGAUGACUUCAAGAACUCGGCCUUCAUGUUCUACGACGAGAAGAAGAACCUCGUCCGAGUCAAGGUGGCCGACUGCCUGGACUACACCAAAAUGGGAUACGAGUACGAAUACAGCGACCUUUCUUGGCUCAACUCGAGGCCGACUAAGAAGCCCGUCCCGGCCAACCUCAUGAAGCUCGCGAAUGGCCUCCCGACCGCGGAAAAAGUCUUCCCUCUCAAGCCAGUUAAAGCAGUCAAGUUUCUGGUGCCGAAGCCAGCAAAGGGGAAGGCGGACGAGGCGCUGGUACUGGAGAAUAUCGUCACGGAUAACAGCAAGCUCAUCAAGCUUGACGUGUUCAUCAACGAUGAAGACGACAAGCCUGAUGAGCUUGAUAGGGCUGAGUAUGUCGGGUCGUUUACGCAGCUGCCGCACAGGGUUAAGGGGAAGGAGAGUGUGAACAACCUUCGGUUGAAUUUGAGGGAAGUGUACGAGAACAUCAACAUCGCCGACGAUGAUGCUGUUGUUAUCACCAUUGUUCCACAGUUCAACGGCGACGCUGUCACCAUCGGUGGUAUUAAGAUUAUUCGCCGCAGCGCUAAGUAGUCUGCUUUUGCUUUUUUUUUCCGGUGUGUUCUGUGUGAUUCAAUAAGCCUUUUUGUUUGAGGAAUGAGUGUGUUUUUGCAUCUUCAAAUUCUCUGUAUAUAAUGUAUGUUACCUCUGUUUUCAGACACUUUUACUUAGUUUCUGUUAUAAAUAAAUGAAUCAUGUGAUCAUUGUUCUUAAUUA